AUGUUGUCUCAGGCGCAAAGCCACGCUGCCAUACGCAAAGGGGCUAAGAGUUGCACCGAGUGUAGACGACGGAAAGUUCGUUGUGUCCGGAUCCCCGAUGAUGCGCAGACCUGUCGGCAGUGCCAGGAACGGGGAACCGCGUGUCUGGCCCAGAUGGCUAGUCCCCGUCCGCGCCAGACCCAGCGACUCCCGUCCCGAUUGCGGAUCGCCCAACUAGAGGCUCAGGUCUCCCAUUUGACUAAGAUCGUCGAUGUUAUUGAAGUAAAACUAGGCGGAAAGCCGUCUGCUCGCAUCGAUUCAGCCCUAGCCCACGACCUCGAAGCGGAGGACUCUGAAGGCGAAUGCAGUGACUCCGAUAUCGUGGCUGCAGAAGAGCCAUCACAUUUGCGUUCACUUUUUCAGAACGAUUGGCUAAGUGUCGAUACAGAUCGACAUGAUGAACAGCAGCGAGGACGUAGGGCAAAAGCCUCUGCGCAUUUGCUCGACGCCGCAAGACCUGAGUUGCAAAAAUUGAUCCCGACCAAGGAGGAAACGAGGGAAAUCGUCAUGAGUACCUACGAUUGGCUUUCGAUGCUGCAAUUGAUGCUACCACAGCCGUUUGCAGCAAAAUCGCAACAGGAGAUGAUGGAGAACUACGACGAGAUAAGCCAACCAAAUGUGGAUAUCAUUCGCAUGACCACAUGGCUUCUGGAGCUGGCUAUUACAGCUCUGCAGGUUUCUCAAGGGUCCGACAUUCCUGAAUCCAAUUUUCGAGUAAUACAAAGGAGACUAGGGCUCUCACGCGCCGUGUCAGAGACAGUUGAGAAAACAAUUUUAGCUCACGAUAGACUGCUGGGCACCAUUGAGGGGCUUGGAAUAGCCCUCCACUUUAUUCGACUCCAAAUCGGCCACGGUAACGUCCAAAAGGCUUGGGUUCGGUUGCGGCAUAUUAUUGCGAUUACUGAGCUCAUGGGGCUUCCUAAAACAUUGCAACUGUUUCGUCUGAAGAAACUUGGUGCUUCAAUCAGUGACGAGACCCUGGCUCUAAAAGCUCAACUCUGGGAAUCAAUUUGCAGUGUCGAUCGGCUGUUGGGAAUGAUGAUCAAUCUACCUCCAGAUACUCGCCGGUAUCCUCACACCACCUCCCUUGAUCUCGUUGUUGACGGGGUUGUUCAGCCGCGGGUCUAUCUCAGUCAAUUGACCGAAAUAGCUGCGAGGGUUCACGACUUGGAAUAUAUGAACACGACACACGAGCCCUGCACAAAACUGUACGCUUUGGCCUUGGAUAUUGCUCGGGAGGUAAGAGAUCUUGGAUCGCGCACGCCGGCAUCUUGGUGGGUGUACGAUGCGAUGGAUGACCUCAGAGCCGAUCACGUUGUACAGAUGUUGCAUUAUUGCGUUAUUAUGAGGGCAUACCUUCCGCUCGCCUUACGGCGCGAUCACGGGGAAGAGUAUUUGCAUGGUCGGCUGGCCUGCAUGGAUGCGUGUACAUCCGUCGCACAGCGGUACCAAUUCGUGCGCCGAAAGUUGACUCCUGGAAUGUUCGCUUCUCGGAUGCUAGAUCUGCAGGCCUUCACGGCGAGUGUUGUACUCCUUCUCACGUCACAUAGCUGGCCAUCAAUGGAUCAGAAUAGCAUUCUAAUCGAUAAAUCUCGGCUCGAAGGUAUAGUAUCUCAAGUUAUCGAGCUCAUGCGAGAAAGGUCGAAGGGCCGGGUUGGAUCUGACUUUGCAGAGCAUGGGAUGCGCACCCUGUGUGCUCUCAACAAACUUUUAAAGCAAGAGGAUGAUGUAUCUCAUGUCCAAGAGCUGACAUUGAAUGUUCCACUCCUCGGUAAAAUGCACAUUCGCAGUAAUAUCGUGACCGCUCAAGCUCCUAGGCCGACAACCCAGUUACAUAGCGGGGUUCCUGUGGAUUCUCAGUCCUGGAAGCCUCAAGAGCAGACGGCCCUUCCGGCGCAAGGCCAGAGCUCUAUAAACACGAACCCGUACAUGAACGACACCAUGCAGACGGGAUCCGAUUGGCAGUGGAACAACCUCUCUUGGAUUAUUGAAGAAGACGCCAACUCGAACUUUUUUGAGGACCCUUUGGCAUUUGAGAACUUUGAUCAACCAACCGUGUGGCAGAACCCAUAUUACAGUAUCCCCUUAGCGGCUGAAAUGCCCAAUUCCCGGAUAUUCUAGUAAUCCAGGUCGACGGCGUGAUCUCUUUCUGUAUUUUUAACCUUGGGGCAGUGCAGCGAUCAACUAGCACGAAGAUAAGAUGAGGGAAGAUGCUUGAACACCAAAACCAACAUUACGAUCUCUUUAUUUG